AUGGCUGACAAGACCGUCUUCCGCGCCACCACCACUGCCCCGGUCAACAUUGCGGUGAUCAAGUACUGGGGCAAGCGAGAUGCCUCGCUGAACCUUCCGACCAACUCUUCGCUCUCUGUGACCCUGUCGCAGCGCUCCCUGCGCACGCUCACCACUGCGUCCUGCUCCGCCGCCUACCCCGCCUCUGAGGGGGACACGUUGGCGCUCAAUGGCAAACCCCAGGACAUUGCGUCCUCAAAACGGACGGUUGCUUGUCUCUCACACCUGCGCGCUCUCCGAAGAGAAUUGGAGGCUGCCGAUCCGUCUCUCCCGAAACUUUCGACCUAUCCCCUGCGCAUCGUCUCCGAGAACAAUUUCCCCACGGCUGCUGGUCUGGCCAGCUCAGCGGCGGGGUUUGCGGCCUUGGUGAGAGCUGUUGCAGACCUGUACCAGCUUCCUCAGUCUCCAACAGAGCUCAGUCGCAUCGCAAGACAGGGCUCUGGGUCUGCCUGCCGCUCUCUGCUGGGCGGGUAUGUUGCGUGGCGGGCCGGCACACAGGCGGAUGGCAGCGACAGCAUCGCGGAGGAAGUCGCGCCGGCCUCUCACUGGCCCGAGAUGAGGGCGCUGAUCCUGGUCGUCAGCGCUGAGAAGAAGGACGUUCCCAGCACGGAGGGCAUGCAGUCCACGGUUGCGACCUCGGAGCUGUUCGCGACCCGCGCGCAGACCGUUGUGCCGGCCCGUAUGAGCGCCAUCGAGGCCGCGAUCCGCGAUCGAGACUUCCCGGCCUUUGCAGAGAUCACCAUGCGUGACUCGAACACCUUCCACGCCACCUGCCUCGACUCCUGGCCGCCGAUUUUCUACAUGAACGACGUCUCCCGGGCGGCGGUCCGUCUGGUCCACGACAUCAACCGCGUCGUCGGAAAGACGGUGUGCGCCUACACCUUUGACGCAGGCCCCAAUGCUGUGAUAUACUACCUCGACGAAGAUUCUGAGCUCGUGGCCGGAACAUUCAAGGCCAUUCUCGGGUCAGCCAUCGAGGGCUGGGAAGGCCCAUUCGGGGACCGCCUGAAGGGAGUGACAGCGGGUGUGGAUCUGGAGAAGCUGGACUCGAGGGCUGUCGACGUUUUGAAGAACGGCAUCAGCCGGGUCAUCUUGACUGGCGUCGGGGAAGGCCCAGUCAAAGUCGACACCCACCUGGUCAGUGAGACGGGCGAGAUCAGAAGUGCCCAAUAA